GUGCCCACAGUCCGCUUCCCCUCCCUCCCUAAAGGUCUGCAGUCUCUGGUCAUCCCCUGUACUGUCCGCAGUCUCUGGUCAUCCCCUGUACUGUCCGCAGUCUCUGGUCAUCUCCAGUACUGUGCGCAGUCUCUGGUCAUCUCCAGUACUGUGUCCACAGUCUCUGUCAUCCCCUGUACUGUCCGCAGUCUCUGGUCAUCCCCUGUACUGUGUCCGCAGUCUCUGGUCAUCUCCUGUACUGUGUCCGCAGUCUCUGGUCACCUCCUGUACUAUGUCCGCAGUCUCUGGUCAUCCCCUGUACUGUGUCCGCAGUCUCUGGUCAUCCCCUGUACUGUGUCCGCAGUCUCUGGUCAUCUCCUGUACUGUGUCCGCAGUCUCUGGUCAUCUCCUGUACUGUGUCCGCAGUCUCCGGUCACCUCCUGUACUGUGUCCGCAGUCUCUGGUCUGUGU